AUGGCGUCUUCAAGCGAUCCUUCAAAUCCUGUGAGGGAGAGGAAGAAGAAAGGAGCACCCAUCAAAUUCUUGGUUCCUCUCAUCUACGCGCCUGCUCUUCCUCUGAUUCGCCUCUCGUUGAGACAUAAGCCAGUUCUCAGAGACCGUCUCUUCGGUCUUGUCCUCGCCGGUGCUUUUGCUCAUGGCUUCUAUCUCGUGUAUCCUCUUUUACUGCCUCCUUGA